AUAACGCCGCUCUAGAAUUGCGAUGACAUCGAUGAGCUUCCACCUCUAGCAUAGCAUAUUUGUACUACAUAUAUACAAAUAUAAAUAUAACGAAAAUAUAAGAAUUUAACCAAACUGCAGCCGUAGAAUGAGAUCCUCUGAGCACAGAGCCUAGCUAUCGAUCUCCGCAGAAAGUGAGUGAGCCGCAAGAGACGGAGGGAGCGAGAGAGGAAGUGGAGCCCAGUGCGAAGCUCUUAAAUUGCACAUUUGGUGCUUGGUGCGCCGUUUGUCCGCUGCGAUGAUGCCCUACAAUGUGCGAAACGCCGGUGGCGGAAGCGUUGGCGGAAUCCUCCGGCGCACAGGCCAAGGAUCGGCCGGAGGCACGAUUCUAAGCAAUGGAAACAGCGCGGGCGGACAAGGAGCGGGAGCAGUGUGCUCCCCAAGCGUGGAGAGCCACAGGCAGACGCCGUUGGAACUCCUCGUGUUUGGCUACGCCUGCAAGAUUUUCCGGGAUGAUGAGAAGGCGCGGGAAAUGGACCACGGCAAGCAGUUGAUUCCCUGGAUGGGCGAUGUAAAUCUCAAGAUAGACAGAUACGAUGUGCGUGGAGCCCUCUGCGAACUGGCGCCCCACGAGGCGCCACCAGGCGGAUACGGCAACCGGCUGGAGUACUUGAGCGCCGAGGAGCAGCGCGCCGAGCAGCUGUGUGAGGAGGAGCGUUACCUGUUUCUGUACAACAACGAGGAGGAGCUGCGACUGCGACAAGAGGAGGACCUCAAGCGACUGCAGCAGGAAACCUCCGGCGGCAGCUACAGCCAGGUGGGCUUUCAGUACGAUGGCCAGUCGGCAGCCUCCACUUCCCUCAGUGGCUCCUCGACGGCGCCCUCCCAGCUCUCGCCGGAUUCCGAGGAGAGCGAGCUGCCCUUCGUCCUGCCCUACACCCUGAUGAUGGCGCCCCCCUUGGACAUGCAGCUGCCGGAAACGAUGAAGCAGCACGCUAUUAUCGAGAAGACUGCUCGCUUUAUCGCCACCCAGGGCGCCCAAAUGGAAAUUCUGAUCAAGGCAAAGCAGGCGAACAACACGCAGUUCGAUUUUCUGACCCAAGGUGGACACCUGCAGCCCUACUACCGUCACCUCUUGGCUGCAAUCAAGGCGGCCAAGUUCCCGCCCGCACCGGAAACUCCGUUGGAUCAGCAGAAUACGGACAAGGAAGCACACUCAACCGACGAACACAACGAGGAUGCAGCGGGUGGAAGGAGGAACCCCAACCAAGUGGUCAUCACGGUGCCCACCAUCAAGUACAAGCCCUCGGCCAACUGCGCCUACACCCAGCUAAUCAGCAAGAUCAAGGGCGUGCCCCUCCAAGCGGUUUUGCUGGAGGACGAGUCGAGCAAUCCAGCAAACUCGCAGCACUCGGGGGGCACGGCCUCGCCCACACUUAGCUGCCGCUCCGAAGGUCACAACAGCCAGGGAGGGGAGUUCACACCCGUGCUGCUCCAGUACAACGGGAGUACCUUCACACACGAGGAGGAAUCGACGAUCCGCGAGCAGCAGGAUGAGAACGAUGGCGGCAGUGGCGAGCCACCGCAGGUGGAGCUGCUUAAGAAUACGAGUGCUCUGGCGUUGGCCCAAAACUACAGUUCUGAAAGUGAGGAGGAGGAAGAUCAAGUUCAGCCAGAAAAGGAGGUGGAAAAGAAACCGGAGCCCGUGCUAACGUUUCCCGUUCCGGAGGAGAGUCUUAGGCACAUCAUCGACAAGACGGCCACGUACGUAAUCAAGAAUGGACGCCAAUUCGAGGAGACCCUUCGCACGAAGAGCGUGGAAAGGUUUAGUUUCUUGCUGCCGGCGAAUGAGUACUAUCCAUACUACUUGUACAAAGUGACGGGCGAUGUGGAUGCGGCUUCCAAGGAGGAGAAAACUAGGAAAGCAGCAGCCGUAGCUGCAGCCCUAAUGUCAAAGAAGGGCCUAUCUUUUGGAGGAGCAGCAGCAGCAGCGAGUGGAAACCAUCUGGAUAAGGCUCCUGUAAGUUUCUCCAUUCGGGCUCGAGAUGACCAAGGUCCAUUGCAAAACACUUUAUCGCAGGAGGCCAGCGACGAGGAGGCCAGUUCGAAUGCCGCGGUGGAGCAAGUGCGACCGGGUAUGCCAGAUAGUGUGCAACGGGCCAUCAAGCAAGUAGAGACGCAAUUGUUGGCCAGGACCGCAGGGCAGAAGGCCAACUCCUCCUCCUGUUCCUCACCGCAAAAAGAGCAAAAAGAGCAGCGGCAAGCUGAGGAGCGCGUUAAGGACAAGCUGGCGCAGAUUGCCCGCGAGAAGCUGAACGGAAUGAUUUCCCGCGAGAAACAGUUGCAGUUGGAACGGAAGCGAAAGGCCAUGGCGUUUCUAAAUCAGAUUAAAGGUGAGGGUGCCACUGUGGGCUCUGCUGUGCCUGUUGUUGGUCCAAAUCCUCCAGAGGCCGCAGCAGGAGCUGCGACCGCCGACAGUGAUGACGACUCUGGCGAUUCUGUCCGUUCCAUACCAAUUACCUACUUUGGGCCCGACGACGAUGACGAAGUUGUCGAUCAGAGGCCUGAGAUGAGGCUCAAAAGGAGCGCGCAGGAGGAUGAGGAGGACGACGAUGAAGAGGAUGGCGGCGAUCUGGAGAAGUACAACCUGCUUAAUGAUGACAGCACGAACACCUUCACCAGCAAACCCGUGCUUCCUCCCACCGCUGCUCCACCUCCUCCUGCCGUUCUUCUUUCCGACGACGACGACGUCCAGCUUGUGGCCACUACCUCAUCGCGGUCCUCCAGCUCGCGCCAUCGCAAAACCCACCGCCGAAGCAGAAGUCGCAGUAAGAACGACCGCAGCAGUGCCAGCAGCGCUUCCAGUCGAGAGUCCUCGCACCGACGGCGGCAGAAGAGCAGCAGGCGUUCCAGGGAGCCGUCAUCGAUCCCGCCACGUAAGUCCCAGCAGCCGUCAACGCAGCGAACGAAGACCCCCAAAAAGAGGAGGCGGAGCAAAAGUAGAAGCCGCUCCAAAAGCAUUCGGCGGAGUAGGAGCAGAAGCAUAUUAAGAACCAAACGGCGGAGCAGAUCGCGUACCUCCAGCUGCCGAAAUGCGGAACAGCGACGCCAGCAGGAACGACGGCGCACGCCCACCAAGAAGUCCCACAAGCGGUACAAGCGACGCAGGCGCAGCAGCUCCCCCUGAGAAUCUUCCUGCAGCUCGGCAUCCGCAUCCACCUCCACAUUUUAAAGUUUUUUGUAGUUCACACGUUGUAUCAAAUAAACCACCAAGAUAUUUUUGUAA